UGGAAAUUUUGGAGGCGAUGGAGAAUGCGCGCGCGUGUGUUGUUGCCCCGUGGAUUGAUUGGUGAGCCUUAGUGAGAGGCGACUGUCUGUAUCAAAGCUGAUAAAUCCAAACACCUCUGGCUAGGUAUCAGACUAAAUUCAUUGCCUUGCAUAAGGGAAGGAAUAUUUUGAAAAUUAAAGAGAGCUUUCUAGUCUCUCACAUCCUCUUACCGACUCCUCUCGUCAACCCACCAACAAACAUGUCACGACAUCACCCUGAUCUGGUCAUGUGCCGGAAGCAGCCUGGCAUAGCCAUCGGCCGCCUCUGCGACAAGUGCGACGGAAAGUGUCCGGUCUGUGAUUCCUACGUCCGCCCGACAACGCUGGUCCGCAUAUGUGACGAGUGCAGUUUUGGAAACUACCAGAACAAGUGCGUCGUCUGCGGAGGAGAGGGAAUUUCGGAUGCUUUCUACUGCUUCGAGUGUACCCGUCUGGAGAAGGACAGAGACGGUUGUCCCAAGAUUAUAAACUUGGGCAGCUCAAGGACAGAUCUUUUCUAUCAAAAGAAGACAAACAGGACCGGGACGUACUAACCCCAAGUCCCGGUCCUGUCCUAUUGGGGAAAUGUCUACUGUCGAACGCACGACGACUGGCUACCGCAGCAAAGGAGGCUGCAUGGUAGAGGAAAGCUUAUCGUCACUUGUGUCGAUUCGAUGUAUGGGCUACCUGCACAGCAGCAGAUUGGCCUUACCACUAUGAUGAGCUAAACUAUCUAGAUACCCAGCUUUGAAAUCAUCACACCGCAAACAUGGUGCGCAUUGAGCUUUGUAAGGACUUCUUUGUCACAUGUGGAUGUAUUCUUCGUAUCGUUUCCAUCCCGGUGUGACUCUCGUAUACAUAGUUAUCAAUGACAAACCCAUUUUAUUCGACGG